GAAUACUGUCUGGUGUACCGCACAUCAGCGUGAGAAUCUGGUGGUAUCGGUUCGCCUGUGGUGCAGCUCCCAGAUCAGGACGGAGUACCCGCGGAUCACGAUAUCAGCUGUAGAGGACGACGGCGAACGAUUAAUACAAUAGUUUUAGCUGUCAUCUCUCCAACCAUGGCGGAAAAAUCUGGUGAAUAUGCCAAGGGGGCGGGUGAAUUCGAUGUCUAUGAUCAGAGUCCAACGAGGGACCCCGAUCCGGAACAACAUCAUCUUCAUCGAGGCCUUAAAUCGCGGCAUAUUACUAUGAUUGCAAUUGGUGGUGCAAUUGGAACUGGUCUGAUCAUUGGAACUGGCUCCGCCCUCGCAAAAGCUGGUCCUGCAUCGAUCCUGAUCUCAUACUCCCUCGUCGGUGUCCUCGUCUGGAUUGUCAUGUGCGCCGUUGGAGAAAUGGGUGCCUGGCUACCUCUCGAAGGUGGUUUCACUGCGUUCGCGGAUCGUUAUUGCGACAGUGCUCUUGGAUUCGCCCUUGGAUGGACCUACUGGUUCAAAUACAUUAUUGUCACCCCGAACCAGCUAACCGCAGGUGCGCUGGUCAUCCAGUUCUGGGUAAAACCAGAGCGGGUAAACCCAGGAGUUUUUAUCGCCAUCUUCAUGGUCCUGAUUGCUUGCAUCAACUAUUUCGGUAUCCGAGUGUUCGGAGAGUUCGAGUUCUACCUUUCUUCGUUCAAGGUCAUUGUUGUCAUCGGUCUGAUUCUGCUAUCGUUCAUCUUGGCCCUUGGUGGCGGACCGAAUCACGAUAGAAUUGGAUUCCGGUAUUACCACGAUCCCGGCGCAUUCAAACCAUAUCUCAAGACUGGCAGCGCUGGUAACUUUUUGGGAUUCUGGUCUAGCAUGGUGACGGCUGUCUUCGCGUAUCUCGGUACCGAGCUCGUCGGUGUCACCCUCGGAGAGGCUCAAAACCCACGCAAGACGAUCCCUCGCGCGAUCAAGCUCACCUUUUAUCGAAUCGUCUUCUUCUACGUCCUGUCUGUCUUAUUCUUGGGUAUGAUCGUUCCCUACGACUCCCCCGAUUUGGUUUUCGCCACCAAGGUCACCAACAACUCGGCCUCCGCCUCUCCGUUCGUGGUCGCCAUCAAACUUGCAGGAAUUCCGGUCCUCCCCCACAUUUUGAACGCCUGCAUUCUGAUCUUCGUUUUCUCCGCGGCCAAUUCCGAUCUAUAUAUCGGAUCACGGACCAUCUACGGUCUUGCGAAGGAAGGGAAAGCUCCACGCAUCUUCGCCUGGACGGAUAAACGUGGCGUUCCCGUCUUUUCACUUCUCAUUUGCAUCCUGAUCUCCUCGCUGGCAUUCAUGAAUGUCUCGUCCGAUAGCCGCAAUGUGUUCCUUUACUUCGUUAAUGUGGUCUCUAUCCUCGGUCUUCUCACGUGGAUUUCGAUCCUGGUUGCUCACAUCGGAUUUAUCCGAGCGCGCAAGGCGCAAAACGUACCGGUGGAGAGCCUCGCCUUCAAAUCGCCCUUCGGGUUGUGGGGCUCUUCCAUCGCUUUGUUCUUCUGCUGCUUGAUCGCACUGACGAAGAACUUCAACGUGUUCGUCCACGAUGAGAAAUAUGGCAACCUUGAUGUCCCCAAUUUCAUCACCGGCUACAUCGGGAUCCCGGUCUACCUUACCUUGAUCGCUGGAUACAAGCUGGUGUAUCGCAACAAAGCUAUUGAUCCUAAGACGGCGGACCUCUGGACGGGUAGGGAAGAGUAUGAAAGGGAGACCAACUACUGGCUUGAGUUGGAGAGGGAGAAGAAAGAGUCCACCAAGCCGCAGUCGACGUUCUACAAGAGAUUUGUCUCAUGGCUUUUAUAAGCGGGGAGCAGUAGAGAAUUUUGAUCUGGUUGUCGAGCA